AUUUUGGAAUUGGUCUACUUCGUUGCUUCAAAAACCCCGAAACGAAACCACAAGGGAUCAGGGUUUUUCCAUCUUCGAGCUCAGUCUUUGCUCUCUUUUCGCCAUUAAGGAUGACGAAGUUUAGGAAGCUUGGUCGACCUGCUGCACACCGGAUGUCCAUGCUCAGAACAAUGGUUUCUCAGUUGGUGAAGCACGAACGCAUUGAGACUACUGUUGCUAAGGCUAAAGAAGUUCGGCGACUUGCUGAUAACAUGGUUCAACUGGGAAAAGAGGGUACCCUUUCUGCUGCAAGGCGUGCUGCUGGUUUUGUAAGAGGAGAUGCUGUCCUUCACAAACUAUUCACAGAACUGGCUUAUCGAUACAAAGAUAGAACUGGUGGAUAUACAAGAUUUCUGCGCACUCGUAUACGUGUUGGUGAUGCUGCACCAAUGGCUUAUAUUGAAUUUAUUGAUAGAGAAAAUGAGCUCAGACAGUCAAAGCCUCCAAAUCCUCCACCACCUCAGAGGCCUCCAUUGGAUCCAUGGACUAGAUCACGGCUUAGCAAGCAGUUCGCACCACCCAAAGAGAUCAAAUCCGACUCCGAAAUCUAAUACUUCAUGUUUAACAAUAAGGCUCCCCCCCAAGAAGUUCAUCCCGCCACCACCCCCUCCAAUUUGUUUUCCAAACUUCAGAUGUAAACCAAACAAGUAUAGACAAUGCUUAAAGCUUUACCUCAAACAAAGAGUGUUUUUCAGCUCUCAAAGUUUACCAUUUCUUGAAAAUUCCAUAUACUGUUUCAUCUAUACAACAUGACAUCGGACCUUAAACUGACAAAGGCCGAGUCUCUCUCAAGUAGAAUCUCAACUUAUUCAAAAAAUAUAUUAUGUUUUAGGUAACUUUGGUUGAAUAUAGGUGAGGAAGAAUGGUGAUGGUGGAUUGUGUAUCUGUUGGAGUUGCAAAUUUGGAUCUUGCCCGUCUUGUCGACAGCCAGCAAUUGCUUUGCAGCAGCAGCAAAAUUUGGAGAUAGGCUUCAAAUAUCCUGAACCAAGUAUGAAACAGACUCCCUCCGAAAUUUUCUAUUACUAUCAUAGUACUUACUAUUAUCAGACACGUCAUUAAGCAAUAAGUUCAUCUUUUUCAUGAUACUAUAGUACUAAGAAUUUUCUCCACCCAAUCCAUGUCUCCACGUGCAUGCAUUUUAUGUCCAUGUGUCAAAUAGGUAGCCUGAAACUCACCUUGAUUGCUUUGGAGGCAAGGAAAAUUAGUGAUUGUUGGUUCAGAGGAGAAAAGGAAAGGCGUCAGAUUUGUUUUCCCUUUCCUUUUUUCUUUUAUCAAAAUUUGCUUCAUUUAUAAUUCUUGAAAGUUAAUGCAUUUAUCCCUAUAAUGUGUAUUCUGGAUAUGGGAGUACUUUUAGUGAGGAUUUCUUUAAAAUUAAUCCAUUUGUCCCUUCAGAAA